AUGGAAAAUAGGAACAACGCAACAGAAUUUGUUCUUUUAGGUCUUUCCAGUGAUAGAAAUUUACAGAUAUUCUUCGCUGGGCUGUUCCUCUCCUGUUACAUUGCAAUCCUCUUAGGGAAUCUUGUCAUCCUCAUCACUGUCAGAGGCAGUUUCCUCAUCAAACAGCCCAUGUACUUCUUCCUCUGCCACUUGUCCCUCAUGGACCUCUGCUUCACUUCCACGGUGACUCCCAAACUGGUCAGAGAUUUGCUGUCUGAGAAGAAAACCAUCUCUUUCCUCCACUGCAUGAUGCAACUCUUCACCCUGCACUUAUUUGGUGGGGCUGAGAUCUUCAUUCUCCUGGGGAUGGCCUAUGAUCGCUAUGUUGCCAUCUGGAAACCCUUACACUAUAUGGUCAUCAUGAACAAGCAGCGGUGUAUCACAGUGGUUGCAGUGUGCUGGGGAGGAGCAUUUCUCCAUUCCACGGUCCAGUGGCUCCUUGUCAUUUUUUUGCCCUUCUGUGGCCCUAAUAAGAUUGAUCACUAUUUGUGCGAUGUUUACCCUCUCCUGGAACUGGCUUGCUCAGAUACUUACGUGACUGGAAUUUUAGUCCUCGCCAAUACAGGAACAAUUGUGUCUGUUUCCUUUGCAGUCUUAGUCUUCUCUUACAUCACCAUUUUAGCCAGUCUGAGGACCCGCUCUUUGGAAGGACAUCGCAAAGCCCUCUCUACCUGUGCUUCCCACAUCACCGUGGUGACAUUAUUUUUCUUGCCUGGCAUCUUCAUUUACCUCCGACCAGCCCAGACCUUCUCCGAGGAUAAGGUGUUCACUCUGUUUUACACCAUCAUUGUCCCCAUGUUCAACCCCCUCAUCUACACUCUGAGGAACAGAGAGAUGAAAACGGCCAUGAGAAAGGUGGCAAAGUCACGACUUCCAGGGACAGCCUUUGCUGACUUCAUGGAAAACCAGAACAAUAUUUCAGAAUUUAUUCACUUGGGAUUUUCCCCAAAUCCUACGGUGCAGUUUUGGGCUGUUUCUGCUCCUUUAUAUUGGCAUUAUGAUGUGAAAUCUGCUCAUUCUCCUCACCAUCCGGUUCAGCCACCUAAUCAAUCAGCCGAUGCAUUUCUUCCUCAGUUACCUGUGGAUCUCUGA